UUUUAUUCUAAGGUUGUACGAACAUUUCACUUUAUUGAAGAAGAUAGACCAAUUCACAACAACAACAACAUUUCGGAAAAAAUGACAUCAAAGCCUCAGCCGGUGGCAGGGGCAAGUGCAGGGGCCACAAAACCUGGAGCCUCGACAAGCACACAGUCAACAACACAGGAGUUUGUUGUUAGAGUGUCAAACAAUACAUCAAAGAAAUACAGUAUGAUCAAGUUUUCUACUGGAACAGAGGUUGACUUCCUUAAACUAACAAACACAACUGUCAGAAUGGAAAGGGAGAAUAAUCUGAGGGAAUACAAAACUGCUCAUAAUCUAGAUAUGAUGCCAAAAUUUGGUGCUGGGAGCGAGUAUGGAAGGGAGCAAAAAGAAGAGGCUAGAAGGAAAAAGUUUUGGCAUAAAUAUAAAGAAAUACAACCUGAUGAUCAAACCAUGGCUGAUGAAGUUGGUAAAGGCAAAGAUGCCAAGAAAUAUAAAGGUGUGCGUGAAGGUACAAUUACUCAAAAUACAUCAUAUUAUAUAUUUACACAAAGUCCGGAUGGUGCAUUUGAUGCAUUUCCUAUAGAUGAAUGGUACAACUUCCAGCCAGUUGUUCAAUAUAAAUAUCUCAACUCUGAAGAGGCCGAGGAAGAAUUUCUGAAGAGAGACAAGAGAAUGAACAUGUUCUCUAUCAUGAAGAGGAUAAAGAAAGACGAAGACAUUGUUGAUCCUGAUGGUGACGAGAAAAAAGUCAAGAAAAAGAAAGACAAAAGUCUUAUAUUGACAGACAUGGAAGACUGGGGUUUAAGUGAUGAUGAAGAUGAUGACGAUGAUGAUGAUGAAGAUGAGGAUGGAGAGAAAAAGCCAAAGAAGAAAGAAAAGAAACCAACGAAGAAUAAAAGCAGGAAAGUAUCCAAACAUAAUGAUAAUGAUGAAGCUGUGGAGGAAAGUGAUGAGGGAGAUUUUGAUGACAGGGAACUGGAUUAUAUCUCAGAUUCUGGCAGUGAAUCGUCUAUGGACGAGAAGGAUAAAGAUGCCAAGUAUGACACUCAAGGUGUAGAUCAGGAGCGAGGGUUGAAGAAACUGAUUGGAUCAGAUGAGGAGAGUAGUGACGAGGAGGAGGAAAAUAAAGAUGAGGAGGAAAAUGAUGAAGGAGAGUCAGAUGAGGGCGAAGGCGAGGGAAGUGGAGUCAAGAAGGAGAAAAAGGUUAAGAAAGAAAAGAAGGAUAAAAAUAAAGAUGGAAAGGGAGGAGAUGACAGUGACAGUAGUAGCUCUUCCUCUGACAGUGAAGAUUCUGAUAUAGAAAAAAAUGAAGACAAAUUUUCAGUUCUCUUUAUGCAGAAGAAGAAAGGCGGGUCAAGGUCAAAUACCCCUACAUUUGACAAGUCAGCUGACAAUAAGCAAGAUGUGAAGGUGGAAGUCAAAUCAGAUG